AUGGGUUUGUUUUCUCGCAAAGACAAGACGCCAAAGAGCGACCAGGCCAUCAACACCUCUCAGUCCAAUGUGAGCGUAAACUCAUCGUCGAGCUUGCGAUCGCCUGCCGGUAACGCUCGCAACCCUCUCAAUCGAACAUCAGCUACUAGCACAUCCGCCGGUGGCCCAAUGUCUCCCGUCAAACUACCAAAGAUCGACCUUCCUCGACCUCCGGACCCUCAGCUCGACCCUGCUGGUUACUUGCGAAGUCUUGGUGCUGUAAGGGAGCGAAGCAAGAUUGUAACCGACAAAGCACUGCGCAAUGAGCUGAAGCAUUUCGAUGUGGAUAUGAGCAAGUUUCCUGAUGUGGUUACUUUUGUUACUGGAAUUAUCAAGCGAGACUACGAUGCCCCCUUUCUUAGCAUUCCCAGCCAUGGCAGAUAUCAGCACUUUGCUGUCGGUGGUCGCGACCGUAUUGCCCAGCUACUAUCUACCUGGCCUACCAAUGUCGACAACACAGAGCGCUGCCGACGUUUGGUCGACCUUUUCCUCGUCAGUGUACUUCUUGACGCCGGUGCUGGAACUAGCUGGACCUACAAGAGCAACGAGAAUGGUCGCGUGUACAAGAGAUCGGAGGGUAUCGCAGUUGCUAGCUUGGAGAUGUUCAAGAGCGGAUUGUUCUCUGGAAACCCCAACAACAAAUUCCAAGUCGACAAGGAUGGUCUCAAGACCAUUACCGUAGAGAAGCUCUCAGCUGGUCUUCAAUCAAAACCAGGCAAUGAGAUGACUGGCAUGCAAGGCCGCACUGAUCUACUGCUCCGUCUCGGAGACGCUUUGGAAGCCAAGGAUGAUUACUGGGGUUAUGAGGGCCGUCCUGGUUGCUUAAUCGAUCAUCUUCUCGGACAUCCCUCAACACAGGCAUCAUCCAUGCUCAUCGUCCCCCUACCCGUGCUGUGGAACGUUUUAAUGACCGGCCUUGCUCCUAUCUGGCCUACGAACCGAACCGCAAUCAACGGCGUCACUCUUGGUGAUGCCUGGCCUUGUCAGUCUAUGCCUCAACCCGGCGCAUCACCCAAGGUUUCCGCUUUCCCCAACAGCUCCAACGCCGCGGCUUGGGAGUCUAUUCUGCCAUUCCACAAGCUCACCCAGUGGCUCACUUACUCGCUCAUGCAGCCUAUGCAACAGCUCCUCAAGAUGCACUUUGCAGGAACUGAGUUACUCACUGGUCUGCCCGAGUACCGAAAUGGUGGUCUCUUUGUCGAUAUGGGUGUCAUGAACGUGAAGAAGGACGAUUUGGAGAGAGGUCUUCAAAACUACAAUGAAUGGGUGCAACGGACAGGCGCCAAGGGUGUGGAGGUAGCACCCAUGUUUGAGCCUAGCGACGAUGUCAUCGUUGAGUGGAGAGGUUGCACAGUCGGUUUCCUCGAUAUGCUAUGCGUCGAGGUUAACAAGGCGCUAAAGAACGAGUUGGGUGGAAACGAGCUCACCUUGGCGCAACUUCUAGAGGCUGGAAGCUGGCGGGGUGGACGUGAGAUUGCCGAGAUCAACAGACCUAAUACAAAGGAGCCCCCGAUCCUUAUUGAGAGCGAUGGCACUGUAUUCUAA